CGAGAGCCACGCGGACGGGACCGAUGAGGCUGGCCUGCCAGGGCGUCCGACCACGCGCACUCCACGCAGUGCACCGCCUAAGAAGUCAAAAGGGACCGAUCCCCCUCCUGACUUAAGAUCUCAACUGAGCAUCGUUGACCCGAUCCCCUUCGAUGCUUCGAUCGCACUCAGUGGAAGCCGAUGCGCUUCAUGCUGCCGCCACUCGUUUUGGCCCCGCUGAUCAGUCAAACAGGACCCUUGUUGCUUUUUUUUACUCAGUUACCAAGGAACUUGCCUGACACAGUCGACCCUGCGGUCAUCUGCGUACUUUUUAUUCUUCCUGGUUUUUGUGAUCGAGUACAGCCCGUGCAUUCCCAUUCGAGCCAGUCUAGUCAGUAUUCUGGAAGCACUUCGAUCUCCGACCGCUUCAUUAGGCCGGCUUUGAAACUCUGUUGUGGCCCUGCAGCCCGAAAUCAAGAUUGUUCCCCGGUUGGUAUGAAACGGCAAUCUUGAAUGCUUAACGGAGCAUGCCUCCGGCCCAGCUACUCCCCGGAGGUUUUUGAUAAUUAAGUGUUCGACCUAAAGCGAGGUCUGUCUCCAUCCCGUGGCCCGUUUUGGAUGUUGAAGGUACUCCAGUUGCAAAUGUUCCGCCAGCAGUUCAUCAAGAUCGUGCCCGUCGGUUGCUCGGACCAAGAUCUCUCAGCCUGGUCCGACCAGUUGCGUCAUCAGAAUUGAAGAGAAGAAAUGUCAUGCACAAAUGGGGCCUGUCAUUUACAAGCGAUAGCUCAUUAUCCUAGACAGAUCCCUAAAGCCCUGUCAAGGCUUGGUGUCCAUGUCAUCCAUAGCUGGAAAGAUGAACGUCGCUGUAGCGAAACGUAUUGACCAGAUCACGUAUCGGAUCGAACAAUCUCAUCGUUUUCAUCGACUUUGAUGAGCUCUAUACGAGUUAUUCCACCCUGAAGAGGCCGAGUGACACUGGAUUCAUUUAGCUAAGGUAGCUCGGCUAGGAUUUGUGACGUCAAUGGGGCGCGAUGGAAGUGCUGUAAAUCUGCAAACAAUUAUCUGCUUGUAAACGCAUCCGCCUCUCAACUGAUAGUGGAGGGACCCUGAAUGCUGGCUUCAGGGUUCAAAAAGCACGCCCGAUGUACAUGACUGGCAUUCCGGAGCAAAACGACCGGAAGGUUGCAGAGAUUGGUUUUCAGAUCGAGGUUGUGCUGAUGAAAUGGAGGAAUACCCUACUCGUAUUGGACCAAGGAACAUAAAGUUCGUCCUUCGUGUCAAGAAAACCCUGGCAUACGCAGCUGCAAAGUGGAAGUCAAUCUGGCGAUUCGAGAGGGGUGUAAGGAGUCAGAGGCCAGGGUCAAUCAGUCAGAACUGAGCCAGUCAGCUUCAACGGAUCAUAUGGGAAACCUCCUCAUUCAUCAGGUUAUCAGGAAGUGUCGCCGGGUGUCAUUGGUUGCAAUGGCUCCUUCAACAACCCCAUGUUGCCGAGAUGGGGAAACCACCUGAGCUGAGUGGAAGUCGAGUCUUCAACAGGGUUCGUCAACUCCAUUUGUGACACCCUUCGGCGCCCGGGAUUGGGUCCGCGCCCAAACAAACAAAUCGCAGGCACUGUUGAUGGGGGCGCUGUGGGAAGAGAAACGACAAGAUAGAGUUCCCACGGUGACUAAUGGAGGGCAUCCGCACAAGGUUGAUUGGCCAAGAAACAACAAGACGAUGUUUGACGAGAGAAUUCACUCCUCGGCACGCCAUUCUGAUGGUCAAGUUACAGAGCACGAGAUUAUCAAAUGGACCGUAAUGAUGCUGUUGUUUGCCAUGUGGCUUCCAAAACCAAAGCUACAUAUUCGGGUUAAUCUCGAGCAGUGUACACCUGCAAAGCCAUGGCAACGAAGAACGGGUUCAGUUUGCUUCCAUUGCUGUAAGAAGUUUUUGUGCCCUCUGGCACUUGUCAUGGGUUAAUUGGCCGAAUCUAUCCAGACGUUGCUGCUGUUGCUGCUGUUGCGGCUGGCGCAGGCCAUAAGCAGUAAAAAUGUUGGCAUUGGAUCGGUCCCCACCCUGAACCCACAGUAGAACUCCCUUGAUCGCCAUUUUCUCGAUCUUUUCCGAUUAUUGGUCGAUGGAGUUUCUAUCCCCAGUUCUGAUGGGGACCCUUGGGGACGACCCUGGAAGCGUUAGCGUCAAGGGGAUUGUCGUCCGCCCCCCGCCGCCUCCACUUCUACCUGCUUGCGAAGCUGACCAGACACGCUGAGGUGCUGAAAGCAACUCAGGCAGCGUAGCAUCUAGGGGUGUUUGUGCCUUACUAGCCCUAGCUAGCCACUCUAGCUCUGGGGAACGUGCCCCGGCAUGAUCCACUCUGGCCCGCCCUCGUCUCACCCCAAAGCCCGUUGCUGGUUGCGGGCAGCAAAUGGAGCAGAUGUCUUAUUAGUGGGUCAACCACGAGCGAAGCCGCAGUUUUAUUUUUUUUUACGGUUGCUAGAGGGCCUGUACUUUAAUCUCAUCAGCCAGACGCUGUCACCAUGACGCCUCUCUUCGCUCAAUGCCUUGCAUGAGCCUCUCAGGGAGCAAGAAAGCUUGGGAAAGUGAUAAAAAUAUUCAACCAAACUUAAUGUGAACUUGGGAGGCCUUUAGAUCAGUUAUUUUUAUCACGUAGCAUAAGGGUUCUGAGUUUUCUUGCCUCCCCUUGCUUGCCCCCUCCUUCGGAAUGUCGUUGAUAAGCACGUUGGUGUUGAAGAGAGGCGAGUAUGGGUGAAGAGCGGGGAAAAGUUAACCGAAAGCCAAUCGCUCCAUGAAGCACCAUAUAUUGUAUUGUAUAGGUAGGUUGUUUAGUUUACCUAGAGCUGACUGGCUUUUCAAGUGCAAGUUCACAAUACACGAUGCCUGUGUCUCUGUUUUCUUUUGAACAUAUUUUUUGGGUUGAACUUGGGCAUGCGAGCCCCUGGGUGGCAGGGGAUUUGCAGGGUCCGACCAAUAGAGUACAGACAGUUUCCUGAAAGUGACAGGAUUAAGCCCUGCAUGAGCUGUAUGGGAAAGUGUCUGUCAUACAAUGUGUACUGUGCUUGGGUCCGUUUUGCUUUUGUGUAACUGUUAACUAUAGCUCUGAUAAUGACCAAGGGUUGCCGCUACCUGGAGCUGGAGUCGCUCAGUUGGCCAGAGAUUCAGCGAUUGUUGUAGCGUCCCUCUGACAGUCUGGACCUGUUGCUAAUGGCAUGCCGUUAUGGAGUUGACGUCACCAUGGUGCGAUUAGAAGAUGUACGACGUCUCGGGGUCCCAGGUACUCUCUCACUAGCUCGUCUGAUCCGGCUAUCCGUCAUGGUGACGCCCCAAGCCUAGGGAUCGAGAUUACAAUUAGGAAAUCAGGGUCCAAGUCCCGGAGUACCGUUCCGUAGGAUAGGUGCAGUAGGUGCAGUAGUCGUCAACUCAUCAGCAGGGCCGCACUUGG